GAAGUGUUGGCUUGGAUCGGCUGACGCGUCGCAGACGGUGGGCUAAUACUACGGAAGUAAUGCGGAGGUAGAUCUCGUACCCAACAGCUUUCCGGAACGCGGUUCGAAUUUCAAACCAACGAUUAGUUAGAAAGAAAGCUCUCUUGGGAAGUCCGCGCAGGAGUUGCUCUUGUGCGACUACCUAAUGCAUGGUUUUCGUUCCCUCAUUAUUUACCAGUGUUCCUCUCCUCGUGGUUACUGCGAUAGAGUACCAUGGACGGGCUAGAGCCUCUACCGAGGCUGCGAUAAUACCGAGCAGCGGAAUCUCAAGGUCUUGGCAACCCUUUGGAACUGGCCACUCGGGGUUGUUCCCUUCUCGGGAUCAGGAGAGGCCUGCUUCCAACAUCUCAUUGGGCGGAACCCUGCCUGGCCUUGUCGCUAGCUCGGAGCUCCAUGCCUAUCCGGCCAAGCAAGGCGCUUCGUUCCGAGAGCGUCGACAUUCGGAUCACGGUCCCGGCCGGGUUGUCCCCGAGAAUUCGGCAAGCUAUCGAAUGCAAUAGCUGCGGGAUGCAACCCUGCAAUUAUAGUCCCCGCGAUGUGGCGUUCAACCGCUCUCCCGUUCUGCUUUCAACAGAGUCAUAAUUAGCUGAUUCUUUAUAAGUGUCGCUAUACCC